AUACCACACCCAUCCACCAAUGCUCACUUUCGAAGGGUUUGUCUAGACAGGGAAGAGAGUAGAUAACUGAGAGGGGAGAAUGUCGCAGGGACCGGACGGAGAGAAGAAGCCUACCCCCACCGCCGAUCAAGCGGCUCACAUCAACCUUAAAGUCAAAGGACAGGAUGGCAAUGAGGUCUUCUUCAGGAUAAAAAGAAGCACUCAACUGAAGAAGCUAAUGAAUGCAUACUGUGACCGACAGUCUGUUGACAUGAAUGCAAUAGCUUUCCUGUUUGACGGGCGCCGACUUAGGCAGGAGCAGACUCCAGAUGAGGUCCCCCCACCUCUCUCUCUCUCUCUCUCUCUCUUCAUAUGUACUUUAUUUGCAUGUAUUCAACCACACAGUGAGAGAAUGAUUGUGUUAUCAGAUUAAUUUGCAUAAUUUCUUGCCUUUCUGCAUGCGCUAGUGUUAGCCAUCAAUGGAAAAUAGCAAGGAGAAUGAUUGUAAAAUUUGGCAGAAAAUAGAAACGUAGUACUCGUCAAGAGGAAUGACGCAGAAAUCCAAGAAAAGUAACAUUGUGUGGUUGAUGUUAAUGUUAUAACGUAAGAUAAAGUAAGAACUAAUAUGAAGUACACAAAUAUGAUCAAAUACGGUAUCUGACAAAUAGUGGGGACGAUUUAAAAGGACAAAAAUAGUGGGAGGGAAGGAUUACAAACUUUACAUUACAAUUUUAGAUGUUUGUACAAAUAUUUUUUUAUUCUUUAUUUUUUUAUUCACUUAGAGACAGACACAGGUAUAUGCAGACUUUUGAUCAAAUUUGAUUUUUCUUUGUAUUUUUAAAACCGAACAUCGAAAGCUGCUCAGUAAUCUGUAUUUUUCCAAUCCACUUCUGUGGCCCCCGUCCCAAACACAUCAAUACUGAUUUGUCAUUCUUCUUUUUGAUGUUUCAGCUGGAGAUGGAAGAUGGUGAUGAGAUUGAUGCAAUGCUUCAUCAAACUGGGGGAACCUCCAAGCAACAUUUUACUUCUUGAUGAAGAUUACUUUGUGCCACCAUUUGAAGUUUAGCUUAUUGCAAUUACGCUUGGUAAAUUGCCUAGGAUCAUGGGGUUGCUGUUUUAGUUUCAUGAAACAGAAUAUGGUUUGAAGUCUCAAGUUGUAUGAGCUUCUUUUUUCAACUUAAAAUGCCAAUGUUUCUCUGAAUUAAUGUAGCAAGACCCAAGCCUUUGUUCUGUCAUCUUCCUGCUUAAUACUCCACUUUAAAUUUGAACUCAUAUACUUUGAGUGAUGUAUAGUUGUUCUAUGUUAAGUGUCUUGCUUUGCCAGGUAAUAUGACAAGCUGACUCAUACUUUCACCAAAGUAAAAUUUUCUCUUUCAU